AUGAAGGUAGAUGACGGGUCGCAAGUGGCUGGCUGGCGGGUCUUAGGUGGUGCAGUGGGUGUGACGGUAUCAGCAGCUGCAGGCUUGAUGGUAAAGGCAGCUACAGGGGUGGCAGUGCAAGCAGGGGCUGUUGGGACGGUGAAGGCAGCAGGUGGGACGGUGGAGGCAGCAGGCUGUAGUACAGCUGUCCGCGCGGCGGGUAACACUUUCGGCACCGCAUUUCGGGUUACCACAUUUGGCGAGUCGCACGGCGGAGGGGUAGGCUGCGUCGUCGACGGUUGCCCUCCGCGCCUGCCGCUCACAGAGAAGGACCUCCAGGUCGACCUGGACAGGCGUCGGCCGGGCCAGUCGCGAAUCACCACACCCCGCAAGGAGACAGACACGUGCCGGAUUCUGUCAGGCACUGCUGAAGGGGUGACGCUUGGAACGCCAAUCGCGGUUCUCGUGCCAAACCAAGACCAGAGGGGAGGGGACUAUUCUGAGAUUGCAGUGGCUUACCGCCCUUCCCACGCCGAUGCAACAUACGACUUUAAGUACGGCGUGCGAGCCAUUCAGGGCGGAGGCAGGUCGUCAGCUCGUGAAACUAUUGGCCGAGUGGCGGCCGGCGCAAUUGCCAAGAAGCUUCUGGCCCUCCACUCAGGCACCGAUGUGAUCGCGUUCGUUUCUCAAGUGCACCACGUGGAUCUGCCAGAGGAUGCCAUCGACCUCGAUACAGUCACACUGGACCAGGUUGAGGCGAACAUCGUACGUUGCCCCGAUGCCGCCAUUGCAGAGCGGAUGAUCGAUGCGAUUGACGCUGUGAGGGUGAAGGGCGACUCGUGUGGCGGCGUGGUCACGUGCGUGGCCAGGAACGUCCCUCGGGGUCUGGGCUCGCCUGUGUUUGACAAGCUAGAGGCCGAGCUAGCACGGGCGCUCAUGUCUCUGCCGGCCACCAAGGGGUUUGAGAUCGGGAGUGGCUUCUCAGGCACGCGCAUGUUGGGAAGCGAGCACAAUGACGAGUUUUAUGUUGCCCCCGAUGGUGCCAUUCGCACUCGCACCAACCGCUCGGGGGGCAUUCAGGGGGGCAUCUCGAACGGGGAGAACAUUGUGGUGCGCGUGGCGUUCAAGCCUACUUCCACCAUCACGAGGAGUCAGCGCACGGUGACUCGCGAGGGCGUGGAGACAGAGCUUAAGGCGCGUGGCCGGCAUGAUCCCUGUGUGGUGCCCAGAG